AAAAUAAUGGAGUAAGUGCGAAUCAUAAUUAGGUAAACUAUAACUACAAAUGCCAAUUGUCUUCUAAACUAUGGCUGUUUAUGAAAUGUCCUCCAUCUAAUAUGAAGUACUAAUCAAGUUGAUCAGUCAAUUGAAAAAAAACUCUCUUUCAGGCGAACUGGGGUGGCAUCUCAAAUCGUUAAAAACUGGAUUGAAAUUGUUUUUGGGCUCCAAGUUUUAGCUUUAGCACCAUUUUAAAACACAAAAUUUGAGCGGGCAAAGUUGUAAUUUUGGCCUACAAGCUUUAGCGUCUCAGUAGCUGUACUUACUUCCUUCUCACUCGUUUGCCAUUUCGAAGAAAAGAAACAAAGGAUUCUUUUUCCGUUUCAAUGGGAGACCUGAAGAGGAAAAGAGGCCGGAAACCUAAAAGUGCGGUGGCGGAAUCCGGCGGCGGCGGCGCUGGUACCUCUUCCAAAGCAGCCGUCGAUGAAUGCGUAGUUUCUCCAAGUCCUGUCGAAACUGGCACCAACGGCGACCCACAAUCUCGCUGGCGCGGUCGCGGCCGCCCUAGGAAAGUUGGCAAACAGGAAGAAGACGCAGACAGGGACAUUGCGGCCUCGCCAGAGAGAAGAGGCCAUCGGUUCGCUGACCACAACGGAGAUAUCACCACUGUAUUGAGUAGCGACUUGAGGCAUGGGGCAGAGUUGGCUUCAGCAGCGGCAGCAGCGAAGGCUGUUCCGUCGAUGGAUGCGGUGGUGAAGGUAUUCUGCGUGCAUACAGAGCCAAAUUUCUCUCUUCCCUGGCAGAGGAAGAGACAAUAUAGCUCCAGUAGUAGUGGGUUCAUAAUUGGUGGAAGAAGGGUGCUCACGAAUGCACACUCCGUGGAGCACCAUACUCAGGUUAAACUCAAGAAACGUGGUUCUGAUACCAAAUACUUAGCUACCGUACUUUCCAUUGGAACUGAAUGCGAUAUAGCAAUGUUAACUGUGAAUGAUGAUGAGUUCUGGGAAGGAGUAUCACCUCUUGAGUUUGGGGAUUUGCCUGCGCUGCAAGAUGCUGUAACUGUUGUUGGAUACCCUAUUGGAGGAUAUACAAUCUCUGUGACUAGUGGUGUUGUCUCGCGCAUCGAGAUACUAUCUUAUGUUCAUGUGUCAACUGAGCUCCUCGGAUUGCAGAUCGAUGCUGCCAUCAAUUCUGGAAAUUCUGGUGGACCUGCAUUCAAUGAUAAGGGAAAGUGUGUAGGUAUUGCAUUUCAAUCCCUUAAACAUGAAGAUGCCGAGAACAUUGGUUAUGUCAUACCAACACCAGUAAUUAUGCAUUUCACCCAAGAUUAUGAGAAGAAUGGAGCAUACACAGGAUUUCCUAUUAUUGGGAUUGAAUGGCAAAAAAUGGAAAAUCCUGACCUCCGUUUGUCGGUGGGUAUGACACAUAAUCAGAAGGGUGUCCGAAUCCGAAGAGUUGAGCCUACGGCCCCAGAAUCCAAUGUUCUAAAGCCUUCAGAUGUUAUCCUUAGCUUUGAUGGGGUUGAUAUAGCCAAUGAUGGAACAGUGCCGUUCAGGCAUGGAGAGCGCAUUGGUUUCAGCUAUCUUGUUUCUCAAAAAUAUACUGGCGAUGAUGCUCGAGUGAAAGUUCUUCGUAAAUCUAAGACUCUAGAAUUUAAAAUAAAGCUUAAUGCACAUAAACGAUUGAUUCCAGCUCAUAUCAGGGGAAAACCUCCUUCUUACUACAUUGUCGCUGGUUUUGUUUUCUCUGCUGUUUCUGUUCCAUAUUUAUGCUCAGAGUAUGGAAAAGAUUAUGAAUUUGAUGCUCCGGUUAAGUUGAUGGACAAACUUCUACACGCAAUGGCACAAUCAAUUGAUGAACAACUAGUUGUGGUUUCUCAGGUGCUUGUGGCUGACAUCAAUAUUGGUUAUGAAGAACUGGUAAACACUCAGGUUAUUGCUUUCAAUGGCAAGCCUGUGAAAAAUCUGAAGAACUUGGCUAACAUGGUGGAGGCCUGUAAAGAAGAAUACUUGAAGUUUGAUCUUGAUUAUGAUCAGAUUGUUGUACUGCAGACUAAAAAUGCAAAAGCGGCAACGUCUGAUAUUCUUGCAAUGCAUUGUAUACCUUCAGCCAUGUCUGAUGAUCUGAAGGCGUGAUAGCUGUUUGUGAUGGUUUGGAUGCUAGGAAGUCUCCACAUUCACCUUUCCCACUUUGAGCUAUACUUUGUCUUUUCAUUAUCAUUGGUCACUGAGUUUCUAGUGCCAAGUGUGAUAUUGUUGAUGGCCAAUCCAAAGAGAGUUUAUGUUCUCUUCCCUGCAGUGGGGAAACUGAAAAAGAUGCUACGAAAGUUUGUACCACAUUUUCUUCUUUCAUUCCAGAGAUAGUUCAGAUAUCACAUCAGGAGCGGCACAGCUUUGAGUGCUUUAGAUGCUGUAGAAUGUAGUUCAGAUAUCAUAUCAGGAGAUCUAUACAAAGAACGAAAUAUGCAGAGAAUCUGCCGCUCUCUCCUCCUGAGGAAACAUAGCUUAUUUUAGUAUUAUGGUGCUGUCUGUAAGUCACCUAAUGAUGUGAUGAGCUCGGAGAAGACUAUUUUUACCUUUCUUUAUUGGAAUAAACUAUUGUAGCAGAGGAAAACUCAAGUUACACCUACUUUAGUACUGUCGAAUCCAAUGCCUGUAAGAGAAAUCAGUUGGAAAGUACCUUGUUUAAAUUUAAAUGAUGAAGUUUAGUUUUGAUUUCA